CGAGGCCGGGCCUGGAGUUUGGGGUCGCACCCCCGAAACGACCCACUUCUUCAUUUUUUUAAUUUUUGUUUUCCCCCUUCCAGGUGACACGACAUCCCCUCAGGCUGUAACGGAACAACUCCUGCGUCUCCUGCCACCGGCCGAGGAGCUGGGAGCGGCUUCUCGGGAUGGGAGGCCGGAGGUCUCCGUUAGAACUGGGCUUAGCCUACCAGGCAAAGUUAAAGGGUGACGACCUCGGGGUAUCCGAAGAGGACGAGGAGCUCGAGGGUUUCAGGCGGGAGGCGGCAGUCCUGCGUGAGAAGCUGUGGGAGGCUCUCAGUCGUACAUCUGGUAACAAAAGGCAGUCCAGUUCUUUGAUCGACCUCACCUCUGACAGUACCUGGGAUCAGCAAAAGCCUCACUUGUUUCCUAAAUCCCACCCGAGGCCCAAAAGCGCUUCAUCUCCCUGGAUUCCUUCCAUCACCAUCCCUCAGCCUUUCGAAAUGACACUGCGGGAAGCUCGCAAAAAGUCCCAGUUGAUGAAGUCAUGUGUGUUUCUUGAACUAGACAAACAGAGAGACAAAAGGCAAAGCCAGGAUGAAGCUGAAUGUCAGAAGCAAUUCCGGGCACAACCUGUACCUGCCCAUGUGUUUCUGCCCCUUUAUCAGGAAAUAAUGGAGCAGAAUGAGAUUCGCAGGCAAAUAGCAACACAGAAGAGAAAAGAGCUGCUACUUUCAACCCAACGGCCCUUCAGUUUCCUGGAGAAGGAGGAGAAAAAGAAAGAAGCAAUCAGACAAAAGUUCCUGGCAGCAGCAGCCCCAAAUGAGAGCUCCAAACAGAAGCAAGCCACUAAAAAAGUUCCUAAAUCUACUUAUGACCCACUUCUUGGAGAUAAACUCAAAGAAGCUGAACUCUACAGAGAAAUCCGCAUUCAAAUGAGAGCGAAGGAUUUGCUUGAGAGCUCUGUAGCUCCUAUAGAUACGAGCAACUGUCGGAGGGAGCCUCAGUUCCGAACUGCCACUAAAACUAAGCAGGAAAGACUUGGCUUCUUGCAGGACAAAAGUUUCAGCUUCAAGCCAAGGAUUAAUCCAACAAUACCGGAUUUUGAAGGACUUUACUGGGCAUUUCAGAGGGAAGCAGUAAGGAGACAAGAAAUCAAAGAGGCAACUCGUAAUAAGCCAUUCAAGCUAAGAACCUCCAAUCUCCAUGGCAGGCAGAGGCAGGCUAAUGAAAAGAUAAAGGAUUCUCAUCAACUUUCCAAGGUUUCAGUACAAAAAAGUCAUUCUCUGACCGGAGUUUCCUCUCUCUCUUCCAACACUCUUCCAGUGCAUAUUACAGAUGCAACUAGAAAAAGGGAAUCUGCUAUUAGAUACUCCCAAGAUAACAAAAAGGAAGGGGACAAAGAAGGAAUUUAUUGGCUGGAGAAACAGAAAAAGAAAUGUCAAGCUAUCCGAAAGUCAGUGAACAGCCGAGCAAAAGCCCUGGAUCCACAUAAAAGUUUGGAGGAAACGCACAAGGAGAAGUUCAAGCAGAACUGGCAAAACAUGAGAGAGAGAACAAAGGAAUACAGAAAGGAGCUGGAAGAAAUGCAGCUGCGAGUCAAGAAUAGACCAUACCUCUUUGAACAGGUCACCAAGCACGAUGCUCGUCAAGGAGCAGAGCGUCGCUACAGACACACCCUCCAGCAGGUUGGGCUAAGCGAAGAAUUUGUAAGGAAAAAAGGGAAAGAUGCCACUGACUUGCUGGACGAAGAAUCUGAUGUUCACAGAGCACUCAAGCCUCAGGGUGAAAAGGACAACUGUACUGUACAGGAAGGAGAACCUCAAGAGGAACAGAGCGGAAAGGAAAUGGCAACAUAAGAUCUAGCAGAAGAAUCUAUUGAUCAUCUCUUGAUUAUUUAAUUCAAGAUUCUCCACAUUAAUCCUCAGGAACUUUAUGGUUUAGGCUGACACUUAAGAAUUGCUCUGGGUUAAGUGAGAUGUAAGAACUUAGUAAAGGAAAAAAAGACCAGCUGUUGUUUAGAGCAUGUCUUGUCCAACCCAGCAAACCCUGCAGCCUCCCUUAGUGUUCACAAGUGUUCCUCAUGUCAGCCAUUUCCCUUUCUUUAAUGGGCAACAAAACAAGUUAAAAAGGUUGAAGCACUAUCUUCGGAUAAAAGUAGGCAUGAAAGACUGAAGAGGUGCAUCCUCUCUGUUAGCUCCUUGCAUUCAUGCCACAGAAGCACACAGAAAGGGGAGAAUACCUUUCAGUGUGUUAAACCUUGGUUUAACAUGUGGUAGAAUGCUUUUAAACAAGGUAUUUCUAAAAAAACAAAGAGCAGAAUUUGACCUACCUUGGGAGAAGACUCAGAGAAGUCCUUCUCUGGUGUCAACUCUUCAUUCGUUCAUUCCCAGCUCUGCUCCUUCCUCCCAUUAGGAAGAAGCAAUAGUCUUUCUAUAUUAAAAAAUCUCCCGUAUUUCAUUAUUUGAAACUGUUUUAACAUCUUACCAAUUUAGGUCAUUAAUUUGGCCUGAAAAACAACUGAAAUUAUGAAGAGGGUUGUAAUUAAACAAUGCAUUGCUUUGGAUUGCUGUUAUCCUAAUUCUACUAUUGCUGUGAUAUCAAAGAUGGACUUUGGUGGAAGAAAUAUUAGGUGUUACCUGUCAGCAUGUUGCACUCAAAUGCCUGGCGCAUCUUGAAUGGUAUAGUUCACACAUUAGUGGUUUUCCUUUACCUGACAGUAACAACAAUCUAAAAAAUACAAACCCUUACCACCUGGAAUGUUUUCUGAGAAUUAUGACAUCAAAGCACUGUGAGAUUAAAAAAUUUUUAAAUCGCUAUCAUGUUUCUGCAUCGUCCAAUUUCUUUAUCAAUCAUCUUUUCCUCACUUUUUAAAUAGCUGCUGUGUCUCUUUUCACCUGUGUCACCUCAAUCCAUUUCUCCUUACACUGUAACAACAAAACCUCAUCAUCAAAUCAGAAAUACAGUACCUGUUAAGAGCUACCACAUUAGAUAAAGAUAUAAAACUGAGAUAAUGACAUUUUUAAUCAUAAGUACCAGAUCCAGGAAUUUAUGGCCCUGUGGUUUUAGGCUGCUCUAUUACACUUCCACAGAGAUCAAUACAUAGCUGAAUGCAUUGGGCUGCAGCAGUCCUCCUUACCGACUCAAUCUCCACACUGAGAAAACACUUAAGCACAUGGGAGGGUUCAAGGAAGGCUGUUAUCAGUGUGCCAGUUUCUAUGUAAGUUUAAUUGUGCAGGACACACAAAGGCUCUUCUUUCUCCUGUAUCCCCUGGAGAAAAGCAGUAAUGUAAUCAUAUUGUCACCAUGCCUUGUCACAUUGAAAGAAGAAGGAAAGAAGAUUUCUUCCAUGCCCGAGGUCUGUGGUCUAAAGCCCAUUGGGCUUGUAUGGAUAUAUCUGGAGCACUGGAAGUGAAAUUUUAAAACAUACAUUUUAAGGGUUAUUUACUAAAAUUGGUUGCUAAUUUCCAUAGUAAUACUUGAUGAUGCUAGAAAAAAAAAAAAUUCCAAGUAUGUGAAGUGUAAAGGAAAAGCUUAAGAAAGGAGGAACAAAGGCUUGACUUUAAAUUAAUAUAGGAUGUUAUGCCAUAUUCCUUUAACAAAUACUAAGGUGACAUGCAUGAAUACAGUAACAGAUAAAUCGAAGUCUUAAUAUUGGUCCCUAAACAGAAAUUGCUGAAAUGGUGAGGAAAGUAAAAGCAUCAGACUAAGUAACUGAAACUCACUAGCACCUUUCUGCCAAACAAAGUGUUUUUCUGAAAGUAGGAUUACACUUCUGUAAUCCUAAAAGAGAUUUGUAAUCUCU